CGGCAGCUGACGUUCCGGGAGAAGUCGAGGAUCAUCCAGGAGGUGGAGGAGAACCCGGACCUGCGCAAGGGCGAGAUCGCACGGCGCUUCAACAUCCCGCCGUCCACGCUGAGCACCAUCCUGAAGAACAAGCGCGCCAUCCUGGCGUCGGAGCGCAAGUACGGUGUGGCCUCCACCUGCCGGAAGACCAACAAGCUGUCCCCUUACGACAAGCUCGAGGGAUUGCUCAUUGCCUGGUUCCAGCAGAUCCGCGCCGCGGGCCUUCCCGUCAAGGGCAUCAUCCUCAAGGAGAAGGCGCUGCGGAUAGCCGAGGAGCUGGGCAUGGACGACUUCACUGCCUCCAACGGCUGGUUGGACCGCUUCCGCCGGCGCCACGGUGUGGUGUCCUGUAGCGGUGUGACGCGUGCCCGGGGCCGAAACUCUACCCCCAGGGCCCCAGCGGCACCUGCCAGCCCAGCCGCGGUGCCCCCCGAGGGCAGCGGGGGGAGUGCACCUACCUGGCACUCAAGCGAAGAGCAGCCGCCGUCGGUGGCCGAGGGCUACGCCUCGCAGGACGUGUUCAGCGCCACUGAGACCAGUCUGUGGUACGAUUUUCUGCCUGACCAGGCCGCGGGGCUCUGCGGAGGUGAUGGAAGGUCGCGCCAAGCCACCCAGCGCCUGAGCGUCUUGCUGUGUGCCAAUGCCGACGGCAGUGAAAAGCUGCCCCCGUUGGUGGCCGGCAAGUCCGCCAAGCCCCGCGCAGGCCAAGGCGGCCUACCCUGCGACUACACUGCCAACUCGAAGGGAGGUGUCACCACCCAGGCCCUGGCCAAGUACUUGAAGGCUCUGGACACCCGAAUGGCUGCAGAGUCCCGCCGGGUCUUGCUGCUGGCCGGCCGCUUGGCUGCCCAGUCCCUGGACACUUCAGGCCUACGGCAUGUGCAGCUGGCCUUCUUCCCUCCGGGCACUGUGCAUCCGUUGGAGCGGGGAGUAGUUCAACAGGUGAAGGGCCACUACCGCCAAGCCAUGCUGCUCAAGGCCAUGGCGGCACUGGAGGGCCAGGAUCGCUCAGGCCUACAGCUGGGCCUCAUGGAGGCUCUGCACUUCGUGGCUGCAGCUUGGCAGGCAGUGGAGCCUUCGGACAUAGCCACCUGCUUUCGGGAGGCUGGCUUCGGGGGUGGCCCCAAUGCUACCAUCACCACCUCUCUCAAGAGUGAGGGAGAAGAGGAGGAGGAGGAGGAAGAAGAAGAGGAGGAGGAGGAAGAAGAAGAAGAGGGCGAAGGGGAGGAGGAGGAGGAAGAAGAAGGGGAGGAGGAAGAAGGAGGGGAAGGAGAGGAGUUGGGGGAGGAAGAAGAGGUGGAGGAGGAGGGUGAUGUUGAUGACAGUGAUGAAGAGGAGGAGGAGGAAGAGGAGGAGGAGAGCUCCUCUGAGGGCUUGGAGGCUGAGGACUGGGCCCAGGGAGUAGUAGAGGCUGGUGGCAGCUUUGGGGGUUACAGUACCCAGGAAGAGGCCCAGUGCCCUACCCUCCAUUUCCUGGAAGGUGGGGAGGACUCUGAGUCAGACAGUGAGGAAGAGGAAGAAGAUGAGGAUGAUGAGGAAGAUGAAGACGAUGAAGAAGAUGAUGAUGAUGGUGAUGAGGUGCCUGUACCCAGCUUUGGGGAGGCCAUGGCUUACUUUGCCAUGGUCAAGAGGUACCUGACUUCCUUCCCCAUUGAUGACCGUGUACAGAGCCACAUCCUCCACCUGGAACAUGAUCUGGUCCACGUGACCAGGAAGAACCAUGCCAGGCAGGCAGGAGUUCGGGGUCUUGGACAUCAAAGCUGAGCCUCUGAGUGUAGCUGCACCCAUGACCCAGAUGGGCAGCACCAGCCCAGGGCAGAGAACUCUGGGAUGGAGCCAGACGGGGGAGCCCCAGGGCCUUUACUAAUGCUUCCCCUGGCCUUGAGACAAGCCCAGGGGCUGAGGUCUGCCUCACUGCCUGCUUAUUGCCUCUUUCUCAGAAUUCUCUUUCCUCCCCAUUUGCCCCUGGGCUCAGGGGAACAGGUGGGGUGGGUGGGGAGCUGUCCGGUGCUACCACACCAUGCCCUCAGUGGACUAGACCACAGCAGCGGCCAGGGGUGGCCCUGGAAGCUCCCGGCCGGAGAGUGCCUCUCCCCCUGCCGUCCACACCAGGUCUUUGGUGGGGGGACCCCAAAGCCAUUCUGGAAAGGGCUUCAGAGCAAGGUCCAGCCUAGGCCCCCACAAGGCUGGCAGCCCCCACCCCACCCCAGGCCGCCUUGAGAAGCACAGUCUAACUCACAGUGGGCUCCUGAGCCCACCUCUGCCUGCUUUCCAUCUCCCCAGUCCCUUUCUGUGGCCCAUCUGUGUGACUUCGGCCCUUGGUUUUCUUUCCAGAUUGGAGGUUUCCAAGAGGCCCUCCAUGGGAGUGACACUGGUGCCUCCCUCUUGGGCAGCUGCAGGCCCUGUGCCUCUCAUCCCUCUCUGGCAGGGCCCCAACCUGGGCAGAGGGGCCUGGGGCUGGGCGCAGAGUCCAGCCAUCCAGCUGCUCCUUUCCCAGUUUGAAUUCAAUAAAUCUGUCCACUCCCCUUUUGUGGGAGUGAACGUUUUAACAGCCAAGGGUGCAUCCUUCAUGGUCUGGGCUUGCGUCUGACUUGGGGGAACAUGUCCUUUCCCGGCGGUUCCUUUCAGUCCUUGCACUGGUGGGACAUGAAGGCAAGGGUUGAGAGGGUGGCCCUGACUGGGGUGAGGGGCAGAGGGAGUCCUCAGUAUCCACAUCUAAAUGUUUCUGAGGAGGAUUGGGGAGGAAUGGAUCAAUUUUAGGAAGUCUAGCUAUGCUCGGGUUAGAAUGGAGCUUGGGGGACACUUGACUGGGGCGGUGAUGGAUCCUGCAGUCUGUUGGGCUAAAUCAGGCAAUAGGCACCUGAGGAAUAGGCCCGCCCAGGCUGGCUAAGAAAGUCCUUACAAGAGUUGGGCCAGGACAAAGGGUGUUGAGAAAGCUCCUCUGGGCCGGCCACAUUAGAGUUUAGAGGGGGAAGUUGGGCACCUUUAGGUUUACCUCUGGUGCCUUAACGGGAACUCUUUAGGCUUUUCAGUGAUUAGCAUCUCCAAGCCUGGUGGCCACCCUUGAGGAUAAAUGGUAGGCAGAAGAUGAAAUUGCUGAGAAGAGAUUAUACCCCCCAGGAGCCUAAGGAUGAAUUGGUAGCUCCCCAGUCCAAAGCUGAGGACUGCCCUUUGCUCCUCCCGUCUUUCAGGGCCAACCCCUCCUUCGGUAACUCCUUGGCUGAGGCUUCAGGCCCCAGCACCCCAGCGGCAGCUCUGGGCCCCAAACCGGUUUUCCCACCUUGCCUAGGCCUGGCACAUCACUUCUGUAGUUUCCAACUGCUGCCCUACCACCACAGCCACCAAGUUCCUCCUCUCCGCAUCCUGGAAUGUUAGUGGGUGGGGGGUAUCCAGAUCUUUUGUCCCUUGUCUGCCCUGGGUAUGACCCCUUCCAGAAAGGCAAGGCCACUGUGAGUGACUAAAACAAGAAUGUGGGGUAACUUCCAUUUCUGCCCUUCUGGCACUCGGUGAUCUCUAGGCCUCGAAGGCUUUGGAGACAGGGCCAACAAAAAGUUGGGAUUUCCCUUGAUAUCACCCUCUCCCCCAAUAUGUGCUUGAGGUGGAGACCAGAGAGCCAAAAGGAAGCCCAGCCUAUCCUCUGGGCCUGCUCUGGAGUAAGGAGGAAGAACUGUAAUGGCCUUUCCAGGUCUCUCUGGCCAACCCAGGCCCCUCACCUCAAGUACCAACAAGGCAAACACUUCCAUGUGUCCCUUGCCAGCAAGAGCACCUCUUUUCCUGGAGCUGAGAUGAUUGAUGAUUACACCAGCUGAAGCUGAUAGAGCCCUUGCUAUGAACCAGGCUCUAAUUACUUCAGAAGAUACAGUGCCCCUAUGAGACAGAAGCCAUGGCAAACUGGCACAGAGGGUCAGUGAUGUGCCCAAAGCCAGCUAUUUGUAUGCAAAGCAAGCUUUCUCCCUAGGUUGACCCUAAAAGUAUCCCAUACUGUUACUCUGUACCUCUUCACUAAGGAGGGAUCCAUGUUCUCAACGCUCCUAAAGGUAGUUCUGUUUUGAAAUGGAGGAAAUCCACUUCUAGUCCACAGUAGAACAGCUCCUUGGAAGUAGAGGAAUAUGUGUCUGCAGGAGUUCUUGCUUCUGUGUUUAUAACCAACUUCUCCCCCCACCCUGUUCCCAUAUA